CUGCAAUUAAAGUCAGCGGUACAAUAUGCAAGUGAACUUGGUGCUCCUUAUCUUUCUGGUUUUAACCACAGCCUUCGUCCAUGCUGAAUUCUAUUACAAUCAUGUACCACCAAAAGAAGAGGAUUUAAAUAAACUAGAUCUAAAAUGUAUUCCUGGUCGUACGACAAUCAAAAUUGAUGAAAAAAUAGAAUUUAAAAACGAUGGUUCAGACGAAUUCGAAGACGAUGCUAGGAGGUCUCAUAUGAACCACGAGACGAAGGAUGAAUACUGCAAGAUAUGUGUUUGUUCAGUCGAGGGAAAAGACCAAUAUUGUAGCAGAAGACCAGCUAUGAAUGUAAAUGAGUGUAUUAGGAUGGCCAUGUUGACUGAUGAAUUCAAGAAAAGCGUUCUAUAUGAUAAUAAUAGGAACUUGGCGUAUAGAAUUAGAAGAGUGGGCACAGAUUCUUCGACAUGUAUACCGUUCGUAUCGGAAUAUACGGAUUGUACUGAAGAAAACAGGUGUUCUGGAUGCCAGCGGUGUGAAUGCACUGACGAAGCCAAGUGGCUGUGUCACCCCGUAAUGGAGUGCGACGAGUCGGAUGGAAAUCUCAUUGUUGAUGAAAGCAAUUUUGAAGAUGCACUCACUAAGCUUAAACAAGACUUGAAGUUUAAACAGAUGAAGGAAUCGACCAAAGCAAAAACACCACUAGUUCCACGACCCAGCACGGGGAAGGGGGACAAUCUGUUGCUAGGUUACAUCAUUGCUAUACCGCGAUAACAACACUGAGCACCGUUUAAAUAUAAUAAUUGCACAUAA